AUGCCCGAUUUCGAUCUCGGGGCGUCAAUCCCCCCGCACACAGCCCAUGCUGUGAGCGUCUCUCUGCCAACAUGGAAGUCGAAUAUCGGCUAUGAGGAGGGCGAGGACUGGGUUGUUGGCAAGAUGUCAACUGGCUAUCCUCGGGCCUUCCUGUUUCCGACACGACAAAUCGCCGCCCGCUGUGUGCGCUUCGUAAAUGAACACGCAUCCCCUGCCGUCGCCUCCUCACUCGACACCAUUCAUCUCGUCUUAGACAAGACAAGGUCGAUCCCCGAGGCUUUGGAGUCGCUCUCUCCGGUGAUUUCCGCCGUUCUAUGCUCCCAGAAAACCUUCCCCGUCCUUAAGCAAUUCUGGCAACACACGGGCGACGGCGUCUCUAGCCGCAGAGCCGAAUUUUGUCACAGUCUCUUCAAAGAUGGCCUGCUUCAUCCAGAUGACGGGGCCACGACCCCAGCUUCCACGAGCCCGAAACCAUGCCGAGGGCCCAGGCGUUACCAGCGACCGGCGUCAGUCGACACGACGAAAGCAACGCCUCAGCAGAAGCCCAACCCAGACCACAGUUCGGCGGCUGGGCCCGAGAUCCAGGAAACGUCGCGAUUCCUGGAGGAGCGCUUCGGCCGGAAUCUUGACAUCUCCUUCGUGCAACCCGCCAAAUCCGCCAUCAAGAGGCGGAUCGCCGGUGCCCUCCGGAGCGACUGCGAGCUCACCACUGCGCCUGCCCCUGAGCACGAAAUGGAGUCUAACUCGCGGGGCGUCGUCAACCUCAAGGAGGAUGACAUCUACCUCUUUCCCUGUGGUAUGAGCGCCAUCUUCAACUCACACCGCGCUUUACUUGGCACCCAUGGCAGCCUAAAGAGCAUCAACUUCGGUUUCUCCUAUGUGGAUACUUUCAAGAUUCUCGAGAAGUUCGGACCCGGGGCCGUAUUCUACGGAAAUGGCUCUGAAUCAGACCUCGAUGAUCUCGAAAAGCGUCUAGAGGGCGGCGAGCGGUUUCUGGCGCUGUUCUGCGAGUUUCCCGGCAACCCCUUGCUGGCAUGCCCCAACUUGGUGCGCAUCCGGCAGCUUGCCGAUAAAUACGACUUUGCGGUCGUGGUAGACGAGACCAUCGGCACUUUCGCCAACGUCAACGUGCUGCCCUUCGCCGACAUUGUCGCAAGCAGCCUGACCAAGAUCUUCUCGGGCGACUGCAACGUCAUGGGAGGCAGCGCCAUCUUCAACCCCAACAGCCGGUACUACGCAGCGCUGAAAGAGUGGGCGCGGACCGGCUACGAGGACACGUAUUGGCCCGAGGAUGUGAUGUUCAUGGAACGCAACAGCCGCGACUUUGUCUCCCGCAUCGACCGGAUCAAUGCCAAUGCCGAAGCCAUCUGCGAUGUGCUUAGGGAUAGCCCGCUAGUCAAACAUACUUUCUACCCCAAGUAUAACAAGUCCAAGGCUAACUACGAGGCAUGCAAGUUGCCGAACGGAGGAUAUGGUGGCCUGCUAUCGGUCGUUUUCCUUCGGCACGAGCAGGCUGUGGCAUUUUACGACGCGGUUGAGACGGCGAAGGGUCCAAGUCUGGGUACCAACUUCACCCUCACCUCCCCUUACGUGCUGCUCGCACAUUACCAAGAGCUCGACUGGGCUGAAGGGUUUGGGGUGGAGCGCGACCUAAUCCGCAUCAGCGUUGGCCUGGAGGAAACCGAACAGAUUGUGAAUGUGUUCAGAGCGGCGCUGAUGGCGGCCGGGGAAACCGCUGCAAUUAAGGAAUAG